GGGAUGCUGUGAUGAAAAUCAGUAAAGAUGAAGCUACUAAAAGUGAAUCACUUUUCGUGUAUUAAGAACACAUUGAUUGUAUUUCUCACAAUUAAAUCAGUGUUCAGUUUUCUACUAUUUAUCACUGGCUUCACAGUUAUGAGUAAUUCACGCAAAUUACCCCUUCAUAAGGGGAUAGUGUUUGCUUAUAACAGUAAAUAUACUGCCGAUGAAGAGAUUAAUCCAGAGGACACAAUUUUGGCCAAAUUAUCACUGGUGGACAUGAAUACCACUAAUGUUAACAACAAGAUAAUUGGUUACGAGUGUAUGAUAAGAGGGGCCAGUUUGUUCGUAUUAUACCAGUUCGGUGUGUAUGGCGUUCAAGUGAAGGGGGUGGCCUACUUGAGUGUACUGGUGGUGCUGUUGAUGGGCUGGGAAGUGGUCAGCUACUUAUUCCUCGAGAUCUACAUUGUAUUCUUGAUCGCAGAUAUCAUACUCAUAGUCCUUAUCAUGGAUUUGAUAGUAUUGGUGGUCUUACGCGUGAAACCCACAGUCGGUGCCAAUGAAGAGGUUGACGACACUUCAGAUACGGAUCCUUUGGAUCUCACGGAUAAGUCCUAUGACUUAACUGUCAUUUAAAUGUGAUUUUUAUACAAACGACAAAUCAAUAUACAGUACUGUAUGUGCCAAAAGUAUAUCGACC